AUGUUUGGCAGGGGUCCCAGAGGAACAUCAGAUACUGGACAGAAGUCUGAAGAUCAGCAGAAAUUUGAGAACUGUGAUACCUUCAGGGCGAUAGCUUUGAAAAGAAGGCCGCUCCUUGAGAUGCUUGAGGUCGCCACGGACUCUCAUCGUCGGCUAUAUCAACUGCCUCCAGCUCAUCCAUCUCUGCCGCCGAAACCUAUUGUAACCCCUAGAUGGAGCCUGCCAACCUCUACCCUAUCUCACCGAUUCACCAUUCGUCCGCCUGGCAAUCCUCCUGGUCAACGUCGAGUCUCUGAUGGAGACCCACGUUCCUCCAGCACAAUGUAUGAUGGGCUAUCGGCUAAAGUCGACGAGCGACUCAUUUCAGGUCUCUUCAAAGACCUUGAAACCAAGAUUGAGAAUGUCGGACUAGCCGGAGGGUACAAGUGGAUCGCUUAUGAAUCUGGGGACAACUCCGAUCAUAUCAUCGCCAUUCCAGGACUACCGGACGUUUGGAAAGGCGAAGAAUAUGCUGUCAAUCAGGUUCCAAGCGAUUCUCUUCUCAAGGGUAAUUUGGAGUGGCCAGAUUAUAACGGUGCAUCUACACCGCCUGGGGUGUCUCCACACGACCCUGCCUUUCUGUCUCUCCUCCGCCCAGAGGUCUUGAAAGGUGUGCAGAUCAUUACGGCUCGAAACAACCUCAACAAGCUACUAUCGGCCUGUUCUUGUGAUUUAGACAUCUCUGGCGAAUCGAGCUGGAAGUCACCUAGGUUCAAGGCCAAUCACAUCUGGCGUAUCGAAGCAUGGGUCGUCCCAGGUACUUCUCUUGUCCUUUUCGAUCGUUGGCAGCCACCGUCUCAGAGUAAACCACAAUUACCUGCGACUCAUCAUCUGGCAUAUCACGAAGCGACCACCGUAAAGCUCCCAAUCGGGUCUGACAGGACAUCAGGAUGUCAUCGAUUGAUCUCGUACGACUUUGGAGGGAUACAGAUGAUCGUCAAAUGUGAUGUCGAUGCGGCUCUCCCGUGGCCGGGUCUAGACCAAUCGGCCUCGACGGAGUAUGACACGGCGAGCCUGUCGGUCACCCGAGGGACUGACGAGGAGGAGGAAGAGGAGGAGGAGGAGGAGGAGGAUGAUGAUGAUGACGAUGAUGACGACGACGACGAUGUGGACGAUGCGAGAUCUGACAUUUCGAUGCUAUCGGAUGUCUCGGUUAAUGCGACGGCAGGCACUAAUGGGUCAAACAUCCCUAGACGGACCAACAGGACAAUCAGAUCGAUGAUCGGUUCUCUAGAUGCGAUCUCUCGGAUGACUGAAUCAGAGUACGACACGCCGCUUCAUCGAAUCACAUCUACAGGUCUAAAAGUUACAGCAGAGACUAUCCCUCAUCCACCUCACGAUCAUCUCGUGUCGAUCAAGACUCGAGAAGAUCAUGGAAAGGGGAACAUACGAGGUAUCAACAACCUCGAUGCGAUUUUCGCCAAUGUCUACUGGGCUCAGAUCCCAAAUCUCCUCAUUGCACGGCACGUAGAUGGCGACUUUUCCGUGUCGCGUCCGAUAUAUCUCCACUUGGGUCAAGGUCUCCUAAAGGACCUCGAAGAUUUCCAUUGA